AUGCAUUUGACUAACCUGCAGAUUUUGGGCCACACAUUCCGCUCCAGUCUGAAUGAGUUGGGGCUGCUCAUCUUCUUCUUCUCCAUGUCAGUCGUCAUCUUCUCGAGUGGCGUCUACAUAGCCGAACAGGGCUACGAGCCGAAGGAUGCUUCUUUGAAUGAGUUCAGCAGCAUCCCCGCCGGGUUCUGGUGGGCAGUGAUUACCAUGUCCACUGUUGGCUAUGGAGACAUGAUCCCCCAGACGCCCCUGGGAAAACUAGUGGGUUCUGCGUGUGCCCUGGUGGGAAUCCUGACCCUGUCGCUCCCUGUCCCGAUCAUAGUUUCAAACUUCACCUACUACUACAAAGAAGGCGAUCACGCCGACAGUUCAGACUCCACUAAGAAAGGUGACGCUGACUUUGGAAAUAUCGCCGACACAAUUCAGAGAUACUCCAUGAUGAGUCCAGCAGCAGUGACUAGGAGCAAGAAGAGUUCAUCUGUGAGCAUGAAAUCAAUCUGAUUGUGAUACUGAAAUGACUUAUAUCUUCAAAAAUUUUAGAAUCAAAGCAAUCAGCGUAUUUAAGAAACAAAAGAAACUGUAAAAGUGAAAAUAGGGAAAAGUACCGCAUUUUAUCUCAGCAUGUCCUCCGCAAAUUUUCUAAAAAGCUGCUAAAACGCUUUUUCGGCCAGUUUUUUUUUUUCAAUAAUUUGCUUGUUGCGCAGAAAAUUUGGUUAAUAUAGGGUCUUUAUAGUA